AUGUAGAGGGUAGAAGUCAGGAAUGCUGCUAAACAUGCUACACUGCACAAAACCGCUCCCCCAUUGCUAGGCUAUGUGGCUCCAAAUGUUAAUAGUGCCAGGGUUGAGAAACCCUGACAGCGCAUUGAAAAAUGUUGCAGGAAAGCUCAAGUCUCUGCUGUGAUAAAAUGUAAAAUAACUUUAUGCUCUUAAAUCUAAGCAUACAUUUUAUUGUUAUGGUCUUAAAAUAAUGUUCUUAUUAUGAUUUUCUAUUUUAGAAAUUAAGCAAUCAGCAGUACCUUCAACUUGAGACUUAGUGAUUAAGUGAAAACAGUUGCCUUUCCCUUGAAAUGCAUGCAUAAUACUUAUAACUUUUAAAUUAUGUUUCCUAUUUUAGGUUUUACUGAAGAAACAUCUUAGAGACUUGUCGCAUUUCUAAGAUGUCAAUAUUUACAAUUUGGAGUUGUCAGCCUUCUUCAAAGAUAACGUUUUGGAAAUCAAAAUGACAGUGUUCUCUGAAGUUUUAGAGCAGUUAUACGAGAAGGUCCUGCUUGGAGCUGCACUUGAAAAUGACAGCCAUGAUUACAUCUUUUACCUCAACCCAGCAUUUUCAGAUCAAGAUCGCUCAACAGCCACCUCCUCAGAAAGGCCAAACACCUGUGGUGUCCUUGGCACGCAUCAGCCACCCCCUGUCAGUGUGGCUACUACCGCUGCUGUAGCACCUGCAUGUCUGGAGAGCAACUCUCAAGUGCCCAGUGCCCGAGAAAUAAUGCUCCUUCAGUUAACAGUGAUCCAAGUGAUGAUAACCAAGACACUGUCCAUCGAAACUGAGUUUCCUGCAAAGGAGAAAUACAAAGAUAUUAUUAAAAUUCUUUUAGAAUCAGCUGAAAUAACAUUAAGUAAUUCCUGGAUUACUUUUUGCCAGAAAAAUCUUUCUGAAUAUUCUGAGAGUGAUAAUNUUUACAAAAAACAGCCUGGAUGUGAACAUAUCUCUGGUCCAGAUCAUGUGAUCCUUAGAGCAGUGAGCUUACUUAUAGUGAAAUCCUUAGAAAUCAGGUUUCAAAAUUGUACUUCAGCAAAUGAAAUAAAAGGUAAUUCUCUGAGUUCCUUUUUCAUGCAAAGAAAUGUAUAAUUAUUUACUUAAGUAAAAUAAUUCAUAAUUAUCAAAUCUCAGGACUAAUAUAAAUUUCAGUAAUUUAAGCUAUAUGUUAUCCUUGUUUAUAAUUUAUUAAAUUUUCUUCAGAGAGAGAGAACUAGAAUUACUUUAAGUAACAUGUCAGCUUUUUGUGGCUAAACUGAGUUUGUAUGGCAUAAUAAAUGACUUAAGUUAAAAAAAAGUUGCUCUUGAGUCAUCUCAAAGUAAGUGAUAGAAGUCGAUUCAUAUUCAAAUAUUUGUAGUAUUUUAUUCGUAUUAUCUUUCAUAAAAUUAGUAUACUUACUAGUGUAGAUUAUCGAUAAUUAGAAAUUGAAUUGAAAUGUGUGAGAUGUUAUAUUGAGGAAAUUGCCGCAUGUUAACAAUAACAUUAUAACAUUAGUUAUAAUUCUGUGCAGUUAUAAAAUACAACAGUAGGUGGCAUCUGUUAUAUAAUUCAGUUUUAAAUUACAGUUAAAACUCCCCUAAACCUUUCUGAUUUUUGUGCUUAAUAGUAGUAACUUCCUUUAAUGCUUUAAACAAAAAAUACAUGAUUCUGUUAUUUUGAAGGCAGAAUUAUGUUUGUUUGGUUGAAUUGUUGCCUCUAGUAACAGUCAGCUGUGGCACCCAGUGAAGUGAUCUCUGUUGUCUACUCAUUCAUACAUGCUUUUAGCAAGAAAGCACCUAGCUUUUAUUUCUCUGAGAUAGUUAUUUGGCAGUUGUGGCAAACAGAUGAUCUGGCUGUAUAUUUUAAAUGUAUGCUCUUGGGUGAGUCACUUUUUUUCACUGAGCCACUGUUUCCUCACUUGCAAAAUAGAAAUACAUAAUCCUCAACUCAUGGGACUUUUUGAAAGUGUGAAUUGUGAUAAUGCAUUUUAAAUACUUUAGACACUAUAAAUUUAUAUAU